AUGAAAGAUAAACCACCACCAUCUAUCUCUGGUAGCACACGAAGCAGCCACGAUGGAUCACAGACAGAUCAGCUUUGUGAGACAACGAUGAAACUCAGUCUUCAAUCAACAACUACAGUAUCAAAACACAAUUUGAUGAAAGCACAAGAACUGAUAACACAAACCAUCCAAGCGGGAUGUCCGAAAAGAUCGCCGAGUGAUUUCACAUUUUUAACUAGUCUUGGCGAGGGUGCUUACAGUCAAGUAUUCCGAUGCAAAGAAAAUGAGACUGAUGCUGCUUUUGCCAUCAAAGUUCUUCAAAAAGAUCAUCUCUUGCGACACGACAAAAUGGACGCUAUCAUUCGUGAAAAAAACAUUCUUCUUUAUUUGACACAAACAUGCGGAGGUCAUCCGUUCAUUACUCAACUCUACACGUUCUUUCACGACUCGGCGCGCAUUUACUUUGUGAUGAACCUUGUGGAAGCUGGAGACUUGAGCGAGUCACUGAGUCACUUCGGCUCAUUCGAUUCUGCAACUACUAAAUUUUUUGCUUCGGAAAUUUUAGUUGGACUCCAAUUUUUGCACGACCACAACAUCAUACAUCGUGACUUAAAGCCUGAAAAUGUCCUCAUUCAGCAGAACGGACACAUCUCCUUAGGCGAUUUUGGCUGCGCUCAAGCCUUCGGAGAACUUGUUUUGUCGCAAACUGGCUUUUCAGAUGAUGAUCAAGCCAGUUCAAAACUUUCGGACUCCCCAUUUUCCACAGCCAAAGAUGAUUAUUACAGAGAACAAGAAGAAGGUUCUGAACGACGUACUACAUUUGUUGGAACUGCUCUUUAUGUCAGCCCCGAAAUGCUGUCGGAUGGAGAUGUUGGACCUCAAACCGACAUCUGGGGACUAGGUUGUAUCAUCUAUCAGUGCCUGUCAGGACAGCCACCGUUCCGUGCAGUAAACCAAUACCACCUCAUGAAAAAAAUCAAAAAUGCCGAAUUGAUGUUCCCUGAAGGUUUUCCAAAAGAUUUGCAAAAGCUGGUUGCUAGCAUUUUGUUAGUUGACCCUAAUAAUCGCAUCACUCGUGAAAAACUGAUGGAUCAUCAAUUCUUCCAUGAUGUCGAUUGGGAAAACCUUCUCACGGCAACGCCACCUGUACUUCAUGCUUACUGUCCUGCCACGUUUGGAGAUCAAGAAUAUUACUCCACUGUCGAUGGAAUCGAACCAGUUUUUGAUGAUCGUGUCGCGCCGCGUAAUUUGAAUUUCGAAAAUCAGAGUACUUCGCAACCUUCAACGUUAGUUCCACAUUCUUUUUCAGAAAAAAAUUUAAAUUUCAGACCAUCUAACGCCGAAGCGAAAAAUCCAUUAGUCCCAGAAACAUCUGGAAAACAGAAUUUGAAAGCCGACGCACGAGCCGAAUUAGCAGAGAAAAGGAAGCUUCAUAAUGAAAACGAGUGGCGUGUUUACACUCCUCAGAAUCUGAUUUUGAAAUACGGAUAUUUGAACAAAAAGCGUGGAUUAUUCGCUAGGCGACGCAUGUUUCUACUGACUGAAGGACCUCAUCUUCUCUACAUUGAUGAGGGAAUCAAAACUAUUAAAGGAGAAAUCCCAUGGACACCAUGCAUGCAGGUCGAGUACAAGAACCCGGGAACUUUUUUCAUUCAUACGCCGAAUCGCGUCUAUUACUUGUUUGACCCAGAGAAAACUGCGGCCGAAUGGUGCAAGGCAAUUGAAGCUGUUCGUAAGCAGUAUGCCACAGUCAUUGAAGAUAUUUUCACUGUAGCCAUGCGAGACGGAACUUUUGGUGACAUCUACGGAAAGAAGAAAACUAGAAAGCUGAUCAUUUUACAGGAGAUGGUACGAGAACAAAAAGCUCUGGUACGAAAGCAAGAACAAAAGGAGAAAGAAGCACUGAAAGCAGAGAAGAAAGCUGCAAAAAAGAAAACGAAACAAACGGAAAAGUAG